GCAUGAGGGCCUGCCAAUGUGGCUUCAUGUUGGGCAACUUUUCUAUUACCCUUCUCUUACCCCAGGACAACACAAUUUCAACAGCAACAGAAGGGAACUCAAGAACUAUGGCCGAGAUCCUAGGCACGGCCGCCAGCGUGCUAAGCAUCGCAGCCUUCUUCAACAACUGCGUCGACUGCUUCGAGUACAUCCAGCUCGGUCGCCACUUCGGCCGCGAUUACCAAGUGUGCCAGCUGCGGCUCGACAUUGCGAAGACCCGCCUCGCACGAUGGGGCCAGGCCGUGCGCGUCAAUGAGGACGUGAGGUUUUCCGGCACCAGCGGCGGCGGCGACGACGACGACGACAGGCAGGUGCAGCUCGCGCGGUCGAUCCUCGAGGAAAUUGUGCUCCUCCUCGAAUCGGCCGCCAAGACGUCCCGGCGGUAUGAGCUGCGCGCCGACAAGAAGGAUCUCGUGAGGUUUGACGAGAAACAGGAUCUGCAUGGGGCGCACCGCCGCCUGCAUGACAGGCUGCGCGCGCUGACUCGCAAACGGCAGAACCGCGGCCGUGUUGAUGGCAGAGGCAGCGGUGUGGGAUUGGCCAGGAAGGCGGCGUGGGCGCUAUAUGACGGUAAGCAGUUCGAGAAGCUGGUCGAGCAGGUGCUGGGUCUGGUGGACGAGCUGGAGAAGACGUUCCCCGUUGCGGGGGGGGAGUGUCGGAAGCUGGCUGAGAUUGAUGUCGUUGAGUUGGGAGGUGGCGGUGAUGGUGAUGAUGAUGAGCAGGAGUGUUUGGAGGUCUUGAAAGAGGCCGCGAGCAAUACGGAUGAGGUGCUGGUUGAGGCUGUCGUGCAAAGGUUGGAGAUGACGGCGGCGGCGGGACGCGGAAACAGGAACUAUGUCAAGGAGGUCACGGCCGGAGAACAGGCCGAUGUCCAGGUUGGGCAGCAGUAUAGCGAGGCCGUCCUGCUUGCGAAUGCCAGUAUCCUCAUGCCGGAAGGGACUACGAAUGCGGUGGAUGUUGUGGUUGCCAAGGGGCUUGCAAGGGUUCAUGUCGGAAGCAGGUUCGGCGUGCGCUUUUGAUGCGUUUAGUUCUCAUGGAACGUUGGGAAAGUGUUUAGAUGGCCGGUCGGGUAAUUUCAAAAGGUAGCCCGGCGUCAGAGCCGACCUAGUCAUUGCGUGACUCUGGAGUCGU